CUCAUUUUCGGGUAUCGGUAUAUUAAUAAAAGUUGCUUGUUUUGGUGUCCUCUAUAACCUCCUGAAGUUUGUCGGUAUGUUUUUGGAACACCCUGUAUAAUAUACUUAUAAUAUAUGUUAUUUAAUAUAUAUUAUAUUCUUUAUGGACAUAUUUUCAAAACUUCAAGUAUUAAGAAAAUCCAAAAAAUAGCUUUCGCCAACUUUCAGACGCGUUGCUAGGAACGCGUAGCAACAGACGCUCGCGACAGUAUUGCUAGGUAAUAAAUAAGGCGGAGUCUGAUUGCGAAUGGAAUAGCAUAUUUACAGUGUAGAGAUGAUAUGUUGACAUCGCACGUCAAAAACUGCGCCUACAAGAUUCGUCACAUUGUAUCUGAUUCGCUAAUCUUCUCUUAUUAAUAACUCGAAAUUUUACGUUGUUAUUUGCAAAGUGAUACAAGACUUUUUAAUUCAAUUUGACGAGAUCUACCUGUGGGCGAAAGGUGUUUCGCCUUAUGUGAGACAUCCUGUAUAUAUAAAUAAAAUAUAUGUGUAGGAAGUAAUAUCCUUGUUCGCUAAAAUUCGUAUUAAAUUUUAAUUAAAUAUUAAUUUAUUAUUUUAUCAUGAAUUGGUUAAAUAUCACGUUCAAUAGCAAAGUCGGCAUUAAUGCACUUGACAGUAUACAAUAAUAAUAUAACAUAUUUCGAUAUUUAAAACUAGUAACGCUAGAUUCUUCUGAGUUAACUCAAAUGCGGAUAAAAAAAGAGAUACCUGCUAGAAAGCGCUAGUACUUAUCAGUUAAUACCGCAGUUUCAAGUAAUAUUAUAGAUAUUUUUGAGAUACAUCGCGCGCUGCUGUCUUCAAUGGAGAAGUGAACUUUACGAAUGCACACAGUGGAAUGGAACGCAUGAAAUUCCCUCGAUAAAGAAAAAGUGAACUACACAUGCGUGGGUUUCGACCAAGAUAUUAUUUUACGAAUAUUUUCCGUGGGAAGUAACCACAUGUCGAAUUUCCUUCAGCAUUAUUUCGAUCACUUACUACGUCGUCUUCUUCUCGGGAAUAGGUGACAGAUUAUGAGUGUAUAUGCUACCUUACACUCCGUUUAUAUUAUUAAACAAUUUGCAUGGCAAUUUACUUUGGUAAAGAAAAAUGAUACAAUUUUAUAUAAUGUUAUAUGAUUAUAUAAUUCGCAAGUGCUUCUAUGCAAGAUGAAGUUUCACGAACCGUCACAAAAUAUUUGCAGUCAAACGUAACUCGAUAAACUCAGGAUCAUUUGUAAAAUGAGUAUCUCCGUCCAAGAACGGCACUUCAGUUUGAAUAGAAUUAUAUUACUUGCUGUUGGCUUGUGGCCUUAUCAACGAUCGAAGUUUGUUCGAUUUCAGGCAGCAUUGUGUCUUAGUAUUUUGAUAAGCUACGUCGUAUUCGUGCUUUCAAGACUUUGUUUUACAGAAUACUCCUUUGUUCUUACUAUUCAUGUGCUUUCUAUAUCAACGUAUUAUACUUUUUUUCUGAUUAAGUAUAUCUCCUUUUGGCUUAAUAUAGAAACUAUAAAAUAUUUAUUGGAGCAAUUUCAAUACAUCUACGAGAGGCUAAAGGAUUCGAAAGAAAUUGCUAUCUAUAACAAAUAUGGAAACAGUGCAAAACGAAUAACGCUUGCCUGUAUAAAAAGUUUAGUACUUGCAGUAUGCAUUAUGCUUUCUAUUAUUGCAAUAGAAUGUUGGCCAUUCAUUUUUGAUAUGAUUACGCCCAAAAAUGAGACCUACGCGCGCCGCUUCAUAGUAACUAUGACUAAAUACUUCGUCCUACAAGAAAAACAUUUCUAUUUAUUUCUUCUGUUAAUAAACGUAGUUACUGCUGUAGGAUCAGUUGGAAUCUUAGCGAUAGGAACAAUGCUAUUAUCAUGUCUCAAACAUAUCUGUGGAAUGUUGAGAAUUGCUAGCUACCGCUUUGAACAAGCAGUAACGGCUACGGUACAAAGUAUUACCAUAAAAAAUGAAACUAUUUACAAGGAGUUUAUCUAUGCCAUGGACAUUCAUUGCAAAGCUAUGGAGUUUAUCAAAUUUUUUAUGGGCGGUAUGGAACGAUCACUUUUCAUUGUUACAAUGAUUACUGUACUUUGUAUGAGUUGCAAUCUUUACGGAAUAUUUCAAAUUGAGUCACCUGUACAAGAAAUAGAAAAGACGGCAGGACAUCUUUUUAAUAUCACGUGUCUUUUUAUAUAUAUGUUUAUAGCCAACUACGCUGGACAGGAAAUUACGGAUUAUGGAAUGCUCCAUGGUACUUAGCACCGUUGCAGAUACAGAAAGUGAUAUUGUUCUUAUUACAAAGAAGUAACAAAGCUUUUACAUUGAAUAUAGGUGGAUUGUUCACAUUAUCUAU